AUGUCUUCAACUUGUUGUCACUCACAAGAAACGAACAGUCAGAUUCGUCGUCAAUCUGUUAGUUCAACAACAUCAGAUGAUGAUGAAGAUUUUAUUGAUGAUAAUGAUGUUUCCAAUGAUCGUUCUAUUGAACCUAUAGAAAAACAUUUAACAAAUCAUAAGAAAAAUAAGAAAACAUUAGGUCGUGUUAAAAUAAAAAUGGCUUAUAUUGAUAAUAAAAUUCGACGAUAUACAACAUUUUCAAAACGUAAAACAGGUAUUAUGAAAAAAGCCUACGAAUUAGCUACAUUAACAGGUACUGAAGUUAUGUUACUUGUUGCUUCUGAAACUGGUCAUGUUUAUACAUAUGCAACAGUUAAAUUACAACCAAUGAUAACAAGUGAAGCAGGUAAAGCACUUAUACAAACAUGUUUAGCAAAAGAUGAAUCUAUUAUUGAACAAAUUGUUGACACUCAAACAACAACAGCAACAACAUUAAAUAAUAAUGAUGUUAUAUUUAUUGAUGAAAAUCAACGAAAAAAACGUUUAAAUAUAUCAAUAGAUAAUCAAUCUACAAAUGUAUCAAAUGGAAAUCGUCCUAUAAAACGUGCUAAAUUAUCAUCAUUAAAUAAAAUUAAAUCAACUGAUACUUCUAAUUCACAAAAUUUUCCGACUUCAUCUCAAACAACAACAUUAACACUACCAUUACCAUGUUUUAUUCAAUCAGAUUCUCAACAACAACAGCAACAAACUAAUAUUCCUUCAUCAUAUACAAUUGAUUUAAAUACUUUAAAAAAUAAUGGUAUGAAUAUUAUAUUUACACCAUCAACAUCGAAUACAUCUGAAACAUCACUUCCGUCCAAUAGUUCUCUUGUUUUAACACUUAGCAAUUUUUCAUAUCAACCAAGUUAA